CAACCUGCACAAGAGGAAUGUUUCAAACGGUUCAGCGGCGGUUCGUGUGGUCGCUGACGGAAGUCCGUGCGGUAACUGUAACGUGCACUUUUAAAUAACAGUUAGUGUUCGUAACGGUCGUGUCGAACAUGUUAUCCUGAAUAUAGCUACGGCUCACGAGCUAGCAUCGCAGCUAGCAGUAACGUUACAUUGUUAAUGCUUUAAUGGCGAUAACAGCUGAUUUCUUUCACUUGGAGAGAGAAAAACCUGUGUCUUCAUCUGUCCAACAAAACAUGCCUUGUACCCCGCACUGACCAUGAAAAUGGUAAGAUGGUGUGACAAUUGUCAAAAGUCCUGUGUGACAUACUUCAUUCAGAGAACUGGUUACAACCUCCGCAGAAAAUGGAGGACUCUCCUCUCUUAUACAUCUCUGAAAUUGGAGACAAUGAGGAGGAAGAGGAUGAUGACACUUAUCAAGAGGAAGCUGACAUGGCACCAGACAUGAUUAAGUCACUGUACCCAGAUCUACAUAAACAUCCCAGUCAGGAUACUGAGAGAGACAGCAAUUCUUUUCCCUGCCAGCACUGUGAGAGACAUUUUACCAGCAAACAAGGCUUGGAACGACACAUGCACAUCCACACUUUGGCGAACAGCGAGGCUCACGCAUACAAAAGCAACAAGAGCAACAUGUCUUUUGGUUCAAAUCUGGGUCAGCUGCCACAUGAGAAGAUGAAGCCUCUUGAUUCAGAGAAUUCAGUCACGCAGCUUCAUGCUUCAUCCCCCACGAGCUCUAAUACUUCAAUUUUGUUGGCUGGAGAUCACACUGCUCAGCCAGACAAACAGGGAGUCUCAGACGGCCAUCAUGCCUGCAAGUACUGUGAAAAGAUAUUCACUACACAUACCAACAAGCGACGGCAUGAGCGCAGGAUCCACGAGCAGCACCUGCAACUGACACGUGUAGAAAAAACCCAGCUGCCUCAGGAGGAACAUCCUCAGAGGAUAUUCAAUGAAGCAUCUCAACACAAAACAGAGCUUGGUGACAGUGCAGCACCUGCAGCUCUUCCGGAGAAUGAAGGGGAACACGCAGAACAAUACAUGCUAGAUGUCUCUAGCAAUAUUUCAGAGAAUCUCAGCUUUUACAUUGAUGGGAAGAUAGUGUCAACAAGUACAGUCAGUAGCUGUGAAGCAGCUGAGGUGCAUUCUGGGUCUUUAGUUAGACUGGAUUCCCUGAUUCUAGACCCUGCUCACAUCAGCCAGGUUUUAAAUACAGAUUCAGUUACAGGCAAAGAGAUACCUGGUCAACCACUGGCCAAGAGAAGAACUGCAACACCACCUCUUUUACCACAAAUUAAAACCGAACUGGAGUCUGAGGUGGUCGUGUCUUCAUCCUCUUCAUCGCUUGUGUCUUCUUUAAUUGAGAAUCUACUUCCUCAGAAUACAGAGUCUACCAUUGUGCAGAAGGAAAGAACUGUGUUUCUGUCACCUAAGCUGAAGCAGCUCCUAGAGAAGCAGGAUGGCCUUAAACCUACACUUGCCCUCAUCACAGAUGGUCAGAAGCCUUGUUCACCUGUGUCUCUCUCUGUCCUGCCUGCUGGAACAGGGAGGUUUAAAAGACGGACUGGAUCUCCACCAAGCUCCCCGCAGCAAAAUCCAACAUCCUGUGAGGAAACAACGCUCGAUAUGGUGGAUUGUGAUUCUGUAGGUGCAGGACAGAUGGAAACACAACAUAGUUCCUCACCAAUGCACCAAACAGCAGAUGAAAAAGAUGACACAGCUCCACCUCUAGAGAAUCCAGCAGUGAAACCUGUCUUGACCGAGAACUGGCCCCCCCUGACUGGCGGUAAUUCCUGCAACCAGCAACCGCUGGAUCUCUCUAAUACAGUGAAAAGAAAUGCAGAUGUAGCUUUAGCUGAUGCUGUGCUGGAUUUGAGUUUGCAAAAAAAGAUCCUCUGUGAAUCUGACCUGACAGUAAAUGUAGUUUCACAGGCAGUUUUUAAAGAAGGAAAAUCAAAUACAUGCAUGGUAGAGCAGACCGUAAUGAAUAUUGGAGAGCAAACUGUAAGUCUGGGGAAUCCUGAGACCCCUUUAGUCACAGAUUUCACCAUAGUUACAGGUCCAGACAUAAUGACCCCAGUGGAGCCUGUUGCAGAAGGACUUGUUUAUGGACUUGCCCUUCCCUCUAACUCUCUGACUCCAUCACCUGCCUCCCUAACCCCUGUUGCCUUGCAGCCAGCUUCACCGUGCACUGUUGCUUUUGCUUCCCCAGCCUCACACACCAUGCUCCCUACCACGCCUUCAUUAAUCACAGUUUUGGCACCACCACCUAUUUCCAAUCCUUCAAGUCAACCAAUCCAGGUAUUAGCCCCAAACAUAUCUCCUGAGCCCUUAGUAAUCUGCACAGAAAAUGCAUUAAAUUCUUCAGAGUGUGAUUUAACUACUGCAUUUGCCACUACAAAUUCUGCAAAACUUGUCACUCUCUCACAGUCCCUUGACCCGAGUCUAAAUCUCCCUGGCCAUGUGUUUCUCACUGAUCCAAUAGCUCUAAAUCAACCUCUGGUUGAGUCCACUCCUGUGUCAGAAGUGCCAUUCACGCCCACUGUGACUUUAAAUGAUUCCUUCAUCAACUCUUAUAACAUUACCAGCAACACAGUGUUGAUAGAGUGCACAAUAGCUCUCGAAGCCCCGGGGAGUGUAGUCCCUGCUGCGAUUACCUUACAAGAAAACACUGCUGACCCUCCAGCACCUUCACAGAUGCUUGUUAACCACAUAGAACAGCAACAGAUUGUAUCAGUGCCCAACCCUCAAACUGUGGACCCCACUGUUCUUAUGUCCUCCAUCGCAGAAUCAGUAACUCUGUCCACCACCACCUCAGUGAUAUCUGAUUGUCCUGCUGUAGGUGAAUCCAGUCCUGACCCGGAGCCUGUUGUUGAUCUGGAGCCACCAACCAUGAAAGAGGAGGAAGCUGCUGACAGCACUGUUUCCAUACCCGAAAUCCCACUGAAAACCUCAUCUUCAUCUGUGAAAGCUGAAGAGGACGAAUCCUCAAGUAACACACCAAGUGAUGCACAGCCACAGACGUUCACCAAGAAUUUCAUCUGCAAUGUGUGUGAUAAGCUUUUCCAUUCGAUGAAAGAACUAGGCGACCAUGUAGGGGACCAUGCUGAAGAGUGGCCCUACAAGUGUGAGUUCUGCGUGCUGCUCUUUGGAAAACCCUCCGCUUUGCUCGACCACAGAUCGAGCCUCCAUGGUGUCGGCAAGACUUAUGUUUGCAGUGCAUGUACAAAAGAGUUUGUCUACCUUUGUAACCUGAAACAGCACCAGGAAGAAUUACAUCCCGGCCUGCAGUGUACAUACACAGAAGAAGAGAAGGGGAAGCUAAGACCUCAGAACUACAACAACUCAACAAAAGUCAGCACAGAGCCUUCGGUGCCCGAUGCUCCAGAGGAACCCAAAAAACUGGUGAACAAGGAGGAAGGUGAAGUAGAUGUGGCUGCUGAAGAAUUGUUUACAACGAUAAAAAUCAUGGCCUCAGAUGGAGGCAAAAUCAAAGGGCCUGAUGUUCGUCUUGGCAUCAACCAACAUUAUCCCAGCUUUAAGCCCCCUCCAUUUCCUUACCAUAACAGAUCACCUGCUGGCUCAGUGGCUUCAGCCACAAACUUCACCACCCACAACAUCCCACAAACCUUUAGCACGGCUAUUCGGUGCACCAAGUGUGGGAAAAGCUUUGAUAACAUGCCAGAGCUACACAAGCAUAUCCUGGCUUGUGCAAAUGCCAGUGAUAAAAGGCGAUACACCCCCAAAAAGAAUCCCAUCCCACUACGGCACUUUGCAAAAACCCAGAAAGGAGUUUUGUCUACCACUAAUUCUACGAAUGGACUAAAUGCUUCGAACAGACCCAGCCAGUCAAACAGGUCCAAACCCAACCAAGAAUCCCCAGUCAAAGUGAAGUUCAAGGUACUGAACAAAAGAAAGAAGAAGUUGGUCCAAAGGGUCAUGCCACAGAGGAACAAAUCAGUCCCUUCAUCAAAUAAAAUGUCACCUGCACAGGUGGAUGAGCAGCAGGAGGUGUUUGUCUGCCCGCACUGUAGCAGGGAGUUCACAAUGCGUCGCAGCAGAACCAAACACAUGGCAGUCUGCCCCAAGAAACUGAAGGAGGUGAAAAAGAGGAAAGAAGGAGGAAUCUCUGUGACAAAGGAAAAUGAUGGACACCUGCAUCAAGGUGUUGAGGAGAAACAACAAACCUCUCCCCAGCAUAAAACGAGACUCCAGACUUCUGGCCCCGCAAAGAGGCCUGCCAACCUACCAGUGCAAACUGUCUUUUCAAACAAAAGAAGUAAAAUUAUUAUUAAAGAGAGCAUGCAGCCAAAACAAGAGGUCGCCACUCUGAAUGAACUUCCCAUUGUACGCACUUUCAACCCCUCCAUGCGUCAGUAUAGCAGAGUGCAGCAUAGCGUCAAAGGGAUCCCCAUUAAAAUCACCCUGGUGAAACCACAACAGACCGCGCCACAGAAGGAUGAGCUGCCUCCCGCCCACAGCCAAGAAGAAGCAGCCGGAGCUGUUAGCAGCAGCUCUGAGCAGAGCCCUACAGAUUGAGGUCUACCCAGCAGCCCACCGGGGAUCGUCAGGACCCUGCAGUGCGGAACACACUUGUGUCAUAGUGAUACUAAAGGGACAUAACUGCUAAUCACACUGUAACUCAUGUGCUCAUAGAUUGCAUCACACUGUACAAUGACUGACUGAAAUCAGGAUGGAUAAAACACACGGCUGAGGAUACUGCAGUGAGUGGACAUGUUCAACUGAGUAUUUGAAUGCGUUUGUGGUAGCUUGAAGUUCUGUAAAUUUCUCCUUCAUUUCAACAGCUUGGAUUUGCACUUUGAAGUUAAUCUGACUGCUACAUGUCACAAAUUGGAAAGGAAGUGGGAGGAAUUGAGCUGGGAGGCUGCUCUCAUUUCAUACUUGGUGGGUUAUUUAGAGAGGAUGGCAGGUGGCAAUCAUUUUCAGCAUGCAUUUGCACUUUUCCUUAUCUGUUGUCUGUGGCCUUUUGGUUUAAACUCUUACUGCAUGCUGUGAGCUCGUAGGACAGCUACAUUAAUUUUGGAUGGAUUCUGUUGAUGCAGUUAGGCCUUAAACGCUGAAUCGGAUGUUGCUCUGUUGGUCUGAUUGACAAUAACCAGUGUAAUCACAUGGAGGAUGCAUUAGGAUUGCUUUGAAACACAAGACUACAGAAUCAGAAAAUUAACAUGCUCUAUUGUAUAGUUUACCUUACAAAUUAUUAAGGAUAUCAGCUCUGUUGAUUACUUUUAAGGAAAUCAGAACUCAAUUAUUGGUUUGAAUGUAAUAUUGGUAGAUGUAUUGCUACAGCCUUUCCUAAAUCCAAACCAUACAAUCUGGUUGGCCUAUUUGCUAUUAGUUUAUAUGAAGGUUUUGAGAAUAAUGCUCUUUAUGUGCCAUCAAAUGUAUAUAAUAUGUCUAAAUGUGCAUAAAGGUGAUAAGGAAUAAACAUAGUUCGCUGUUUCCCACAUAUAGAAUUAAUUUUGGUGGCCCAUCCAAAUAGAUUCAUUUGUUUAUCUCUUCAAAAGUGUGUGGAGCUGCAGUUGAAAGUGCAGAGUACUUAAAAAUAAUACAUUGAUAUGCUAUACGCAUUUGUUAGAAGGGCUCCCUGCUGCAAUCCGAGCUGGAGUUCACAGGCCACCACACAUAUAUUUCCAACUGUUGGAAACACUGCAGUUUGAUAUAUUUUGCGCUGCAGUCCCAAACAGAAGUACUGUGUCCAGUAAUAUUCUGUAUGAAUGCAUCAUUGCCACUUUAAUAAUAAUAUAAGUUCAUUUCUAACGAGCGUUAACUGUUAACAGAGCCAGCUGCAGUGCUUGGCCUCACUGCAUUUCUACUGAAAUCCUGAAAUAUUUACAGUAAUUCAGUUUUCUUGUAGGCUUUAUUUUGCACCUGUUUAACAAAAUGCUUGUCAGAAAUAUGAUUUUUAAGUGCGUGUGUGUGAGCGUGUGUGCGCGUGUGUGUGCGCGUGUGUGCGCGCGUGCGUGUGUGUGUGUGUGUGUGUGUGUGUGUGUGUGUGUGUGUGUGUGUGUGUGUGUGUGUAUUCCCCCCAUUCAAUGACUAGAAAGCUUCGUAUUAAUAAUACAGUCUGUUUAGGUCUCUGUCAUCUGUAGUAUACAAACACUUCACUGUUGCUUAUACUCUGUAUAACAGUUGUCAACAGUUUAUUGUGUGAAGUGUGUAUAAUGAAAUCCAACAUGUAUAAAUCACAAAACGGAAAUGUAAGCUCAUGGGGUAAUGUUUGCUUUAACUCUGUAGUGACACAUGAUCUGUUUAAAUUUUUUUAUAAGAUGCUAGUUUGAUGAGUCAGUGCUAUACAGGGUAGUUAUUUCAUUAUGAUUAAGUUGUAUUAAUUUGUGCAAACUAAAAGUUGACAGUGUAUCUGAGAGAGAGAGAGAGAGUCAUGGUACUUGUACUUUUCAUUUUUUGCCUUUUCAACCCUUGCUGGUAAUAUUUCCCUCAUUGAGACAGACUGCAAUGUGUUGGAUGUACAGGACGGUUUGGUUGACUGUUAUUUAACUGUGAAAAGUGCUUGUAGCAUUUCUAAGUGUAAAUUGAGUCAUGUAUAUUUAUUAAUAAUUUAAAAUCAUGUUAUCAAUCUCUGAACUGUAUGAUUUGCACUAAAGGUUUUUCAAGCGAGUAUUCUAAAUAAAUGGAGAAUGUUAAGGUUAUAUGUGAAGUUUGUGUGAAACCUUCUUUAAUAAACAAAUCAAAUUAGUCACAUUAUUGCUGGUAAAUUCUUUAUGUAGAAGUCAGUGCAUUUCAUGUU